AUGCGCCCUGGACCUCCUCACGAGCCCAAUAGCAUCACAGCCUCAGAGUUCAAAUCUGCUCCAUUUGAGAGAGGACAUGGAUAUUUUAUUCCCUCCCCUGAAUCAGCUGAUGAUGCCCAGGCUAUGGACUGUGAGAACUUCCCUCCCACAUGUGAAGAUUCUGAAUGCCAGGGAACUGCAAAUGCACUUGUGCACUCCAACGGCGAGGCUAAGGACUCAAUUACAGCUAUCUGGACUCCACCCAGCAGUAUGACCGGCCAGGUAAAGUUUGUUGCCACUGUUGUGGGAGAGAACAAUGAAGAUGAGGGAUCCACUUGGUGGGAGGGAGUCACAUCUACUCCAAUCGUGCUCUAGACUCCUGUUGGAUCUACUCCAAUCCAUCUUAAAACUUCUCCUGGAGUUCUGUAGGAGUUGAUCUACUCAUAUUCAGCUCUAUACUUUUCCCGGAGUCCUGGUAGGAGUUGUAUCUACUCCUAUCUAGCUCUGGACGCCUCCUGGAGUCCUGGGAGAAGUUGUAUCUACACCUAUCUAGCUCUGGACACCUCCUGUAGUCCUGUUGGGAGUUGUAUCUACUCCUAUCUAGCUCUGGGCACCUCCUGGAGUCCUGUUGGGAGUUGUAUCUACUCCUAUCUAGCUCUGGGCACCUCCUGUUGUCCUGUUGGGAGCUGUAUCUACUCCUAUCUAGCUCUGGGCACCUCCUGUAGUCCUGAUGUUGGGAGCUGUAUCUAUACUCCAUUUCUACAUUAGAGGCCUGGUGGGAGGUUUUUAUACAUACUCCUUUUCUGCUCCACACUUCUGGGACUCCCAGGAGUUUGCCAAUAUGUAAAAUACAAACCAAAAACUAUA